UAAUUGCAUUCGUACAAUAUUAUAACACUCACACAAAAUCGAAUCAACAUGGUCAACAACGACGAUGACAACGAGCCGAGAGGAUAUCUGAUUCUCCGACCGGAAGAGCUCCGGCCAUGGGAACUUUUUCGUUUGUUAUUCUCCCGCGAUAUCGACAAGCCGAGAUCAGUCGAUAGCUCAGAAACCAAAGAACCAAGUUUCAGACGUCGAUGGCUUAUCUUCGUCUCUCUCGUCCUUCUCAAGCUUCUUCGAUUAUUCUCCGAGCUUUUAGCUCUCCUUGGCUCCGCCUUAGAAUUCUUCUUAAACUUCCUCUCCGCUAACUCUUUAUCCGGUUUCUUUCUCCGAGAGUACCAAGAAAAGGAAACAACACAAGCCUUUAUAAUGUCUACUGAUAAAACAUCAACACCAUCCAACGGUCAAGAAACGACGGUGGUGGUUGCAUUUAGAGGCACAGAACCGUUUAAUUCCGAAGAUUGGUGUUCAGAUUUCGACAUUACAUGGUAUGAGCUCCCAAACAUUGGGAAGAUCCAUGGUGGUUUCAUGAAAGCUCUAGGGCUUCAAAACAAUUGUAGUUGGCCUAAGGAACCUCUCCCAAACCCUGAUCGAUUAUCCCCUUUAGCUUACUACUCAAUCAGAGACUCUUUGAAAACUCUGAUCGCUCAGAACAAAAACACUAAGUUUGUUCUGACCGGCCAUAGCUUAGGAGGAGCCCUCGCGAUAUUGUUCACGGCUGUGCUUGUGAUUCACAACGAGACCGGGUUAUUGGAGAGGAUUCAAGGGGUGUAUACUUAUGGACAACCUAGGGUUGGAGAUUCCAAGUUUGGUGACUUUAUGGAGAAGAAAUUAGAAGAAUAUGAUGUCAAGUAUUAUAGAUUUGUUUAUAAUAACGACAUUGUUCCAAGAUUGCCGUACGAUGAUAAGGAUUUGAUGUUCAAACACUUUGGCACUUGCAUCUACUACGACCAAGACUAUCAAGCAAAGAUGGUGUACAUUGCUAUAUUGGAGUUUAUAAGAAGCUUUACUAUUGUGACUGAGAAGGGAUCGGAGUUUAGGGAAGGUUGGUUGUUGAAGGGUGGUAGGGCAAUGGGGAUAAUAGUCCCUGGUGUUUCAAAUCAUACACCUCAAGAUUAUGUGAAUGCCACUAGAUUAACCCCUCCUUGUGUUUUCCAAAUUCAUAGAGAUGUAUCCAUAACAUAAAAGGGGUUUAAGUUAUUGUCUGUAUCUUUGGACUACGCUUUUCAAUUCAUCAUGAAAAACACCGAGAAAGAUUAUCCUUUAAGAAAUGCAAUUCUUUCUU